GGGUGGCCAGUUGCGGCGCAACUGAGCUGGGGAGCCGCCCCGCCCAGCCCCGGUCUGUGCUUGCUUGCCUGGGUUACCUGAGGCUGGUGGGCGGGGCGGCCCUUCCCGUCUGCGCCGGCCCCAGCCUCCAGGGCGGUGGAGCCGGGAAGUGGGAGCUGGAGCGAAGGAGGCGGAGACUGGUGAGGCUGCCACCGCCCGCCGGGCUCUGAGGCGAGGGGCUGCAUGGAGCUGCCGCCGUGGCUCUGUGGACUGUGGGCACUGCUCCUCUGCGUUGCCAGCUGUGGGAACACCGCGCCCACGGAAACUCAACCACCUGUGACAAAUUUGAGUGUUUCUGUUGAAAACCUCUGCACAGUAAUAUGGACAUGGAAUCCUCCGGAGGGAGCCAGCCCGAACUGUAGUCUAUGGUAUUUUAGUCAUUUUGGCAACAAGCAGGAUAAGCAAAUUGCUCCAGAAACUCAUCGUUCAAAAGAAGUGCCCCUGAAUGAGAAGAUUUGUCUGCAAGUGGGGUCCCAGUGUAGCGCCAAUGAAAGUGACAAUCCUAGCACUUUGGUGGAAAAGUGCAUCUCACCCCCUGAAGGUGAUCCUGAGUCAGCAGUGACUGAGCUACAAUGUGUUUGGCACAACCUGAGCUACAUGAAGUGUACUUGGCUCCCUGGAAGGAACACAAGUCCUGACACUAACUAUACUCUCUACUACUGGCAUAGCAGCUUGGGAAAAAUUCUUCAAUGUGAAAACAUCUACAGAGAAGGUCAACACAGUACUUGUUCUUUUACCCUGACUAAACUCAAGGAUCCCAGUGUUGACCAAUACAGUGUUCAAGUCAUGGUCAAGGAUGAUGCAGGAAAAAUUAGACCAUCCUUCAAUAUAGUGCCUUUAACUUCCCAUGUGCAACCUGAUCCUCCACAUAUUAAAAAUAUCUCCUUCCAAAAUGGUGUGUUAUAUGUGCUAGGGAAGAAUCCACAGAAUUUCGCUAGAACUUGCUUAUCUUAUCAAGUGGAAGUCAAUAACAGCCAAACUGAAGCACAUUUUAUUUUCUCGGAUGAAAAACUCAUGUGUGAUAAUUCAGAAAUUGAGGGGAACCUGGAGGGUACAAUUUGUUUCCGGGUUCCUGGUGUUCCUCCCGAUACUGUGAACACAGUCAGAAUGAGAGUCAAAACAAAUACGUUUUGCUAUGAGGAUAACCAACUCUGGAGUAAUUGGAGUCCAGCAAUGACUAUAGGUAAGAAGACCGAUGCCACACUCUACACAACCAUGUUACUCAUCAUUCCAAUCAUCGUUGCAGGUGCAAUCAUAGUCCUCCUGCUUUAUUUAAAAAGGCUCAAGAUCAUUAUAUUCCCUCCAAUUCCUGAUCCUGGCAAGAUUUUUAAAGAAAUGUUUGGAGACCAGAAUGAUGAUACCCUGCACUGGAAGAAGUAUGACAUCUAUGAGAAGCAAACCAAAGAAGAAACUGACUCUGUAGUGCUGAUAGAAAACCUGAAGAGAACCUCUCAGUGAUAGGGAUAAUUUAUUUUAACCCUCAUCGUGACUUUGUGAAGAUUCUUCCCAUUCUCCACUUGUUAUCUGGGAACUUGUUAAAUGGAAACCAAAACUACUGGACUACUUAAAAACAGGCAGCUCCUAAGAGCCACAGGUUUUUAUGUUGUUGUGUAUGAAAAACUAAAAAUAAUUGGCCCUUUGGAGAAGAGAGUGGAAUUAUUCUCAAUGAAUUAUAAAAGCAGGCAUCUUUUGUGAAGGUUACAAACUAGGAGACAAAGCAAAAAGUGAUGAUGACAGUAGAGUCGAUCAUAUCAAGAAUUGUGACAUCAGCUUGAGGGAUGGAUCUAUGCCUGCUUUGUAUCAUUUGUGUCAAACAAUACCAACAAAUUUUAUUUGUGGGGGAACUCAUUUUUGGGUGCAACUGCUAAUGCCAAACUUGAGUCACAGAGAAGAUCUAGCAAACAUAAUUGAAAAAAAAAUCUGUUAUCUGUUGUUUGGGAUCCCAGUAAGUAAUGUCUGUGGCUAUUAAAACUUAAGAGGCUGGAAUCAUCGUCCCUUUGGCAACAUUUUUCUCUGCUUUGAAAGGCCCAGCCAUCAGUGUUCGUUGGCCAUGAUGAUGACACCUACACACAAAGCAGAGGCAGCUUCUGCCACCAGGACCUUUCAAAGCCAUUGCAGGCUUUUAAGAGCAGCAGAGACAGAAUGACUUAUUGGGUAUUAGAGUUUGAACCACUGCAUUCUGUAAUGAUAUAUUGUUUUUUUUUUUCUUCACCUCCUCUACUCAAAUCAAGUAUUUUCUAUGUGUCCAGACUGUGCUAGGCCCCCAGGGGUGGGCCAUCUCCCUUAAAAGGUGGACAAUCUGGUUGGGACUCCUCAGUUCUUAACCACUUUCUUUUUCUUCACCAGUCAUUUUCCAGACCUUUCAACUCCCUCGUUCCCACACCUGAUUUCCCUUUUUCCCUCAUUGUAGUCUUUCACCUUUCAAUAGAUAUUAGAAUAUAAAUCUACUCAGAACACCUAGAGGAGCAGGGAGUGAUUUGCAGCUCAGGUAAAUUGUGAGUAGACUGAGAGACAGUGACAAAUUUUUGCAUAUUUUGUAACUUCUAUGUGUCUGCAUUUAUUUGAAGGUUUUCAGCAUUUACUGUUUCUCUACAUAUUUUCUAAACAGAAAGGAGAUAUUAUCUUCACUUAGAAUUUUGCUAUUUGCUUGGUAAAAAGAAUAGUUUUAUUUUCCUCUUUUUCUUUACUGUCACAAAUAGUUAUUAGUAGGUUUUAUGGCUUAUAUAGAUAGCCAGCAUCCAAGGCUCCAACGUUUGUAUGCAUUUUUUUUUGCAUAUGUUAGGGUUCCAUUCUCACUCAUCUCCACAACAUAUAUAUUCCCUCUACUCUUACUUACUCCAAAUUUAAAGUAGUAUGGAAAUGAUAGUGCCCUCCCCCACACCCUGUGUUUCUCUCCUUACACACAUAGACUCAGAUUAUGGGUAGGAACUUGACAAAUUUGUAUCACCCAUUCUCCAAACAUUCACCCAUUUGUAUUAAUCAAGUGACACUACUUGUAAUUCCUGCUGUUAGGGGAUGGGAGAUCAGAGAUCUCUGCUCUUCACAAGUUUGGGGAAAAGUAGCAACCUGCUUGCACUGCAGAGGAGGAGUGUAGUGUCCCUGGCUUUUCUGAGAAAAUUGGCAUCCAGAGCAAGAGUAGAUGCCAAGGUGUUCCCUCCCUGUGCUUUUAUUUCUGAGAUCAGAUUGAGGCUGGGAGACAGGCAUGAAUGUUCCACUUUGUUCUACUGUUGUGUAAAAAACAUAUUUACUUUUCCUUUGUAGGAAUGAGAUUCUUCCUAGCCAGGUAUUUUAUAAUUCUGGGAAGCAAAACACUGAAAUACCUCACCCAAAGCAAUUUUUCCUGUUACCCUAUUUAAAUAGCAUUGGUGGGGGUGCUUUGAUAUUCUUAUUACCCAAGCAUGGGAUGCUGACUAUCAAGCGUCCUGGGAGUGUAGAAAUUGUAUUUUGUUUCCAUUCUCUUUUAGUAGUAAAAUAGUUGAGGGAAAAGGGGGCAGUGAGUUAUGGGAGUAGCUAGCUAUGGCUGUUUUAUAAUUGUUGAAAAGCGAUCCCCAGGUCUUGGGAGCUCUUGGAGACUUUAAUACUGGGUGGAGUGAAAGUAGGUUUACAGUUCUUCGUAUGGAAAAUAAUACAAUAAUUAAUAAAUAAUAAUACAAGAAUAAACUGUGUUUCACAUACUCACAACUGGUAACCUACUUUCCCUCCUACCCUGUACAUCAGUGGGAUUCUCAUCACCUGUAGGAAACUAGUAUGUUCAUUUAUUAUUUUAUGUCUAACCUAUACAGAUUGUUUUCUCUGUAUACUUAAGUAAACCUACUGUAAGAAUUUUCAUUGUUAUUCUUGCAUUGAGAUAAGUGUUUUCUUCAUCUGGGCACUAAAGGGAUAUGUGAAACAAUGUUAACAUUUUUGGUAAUAACUUCAACUAGGGAUUAUUGUGUUUAACUUCUUAUAGGAAAGUUUGAGUAAAAUAAAUAUUGUCUUUUUAUAUGUCA